GGGAACACGUGUCUGACGAGGCGAUUAGAGGUGCCAAGGCCCGAGAGAUAUCCGGUUGUUUGGGAACGUGUGAGUGCAUGUGUCAAUGGGAUCGUACGAAGAAGGGUGGAAAGGGUUUUCAUUUGUUGAUGGGAGAGGUGGGAAGAAGUAUAUAUGAAGGGAGGGAGAGAAUGAGGGAUUUGGAUUUUUUGCAUCAGCGGAUUUCAAGGUGGUUUCCUAGCAUCUCUUUUUUUCGAGUAUCUUGAAUAAGGCUGGGAAUACAUCAAUACUUGGACCUUUCAUCUUUUCUAGUAUCUUUUAUAUUUCAAAUCGACACUUCGAUAUAAGACCCUCGAGUGGUCCCCAACUACACCCACUAUGGCCGCAGAGGGCAUCCGAUUCCCAGUAUCAAGGGACUUUGCUGAUGCCCACUCGCACUCUCCUUAUAACGACAACGACGCUGCCUCGGAAAGAACAACGGUCGAACCUCUCCACCGAGCGCCAACAGCCGACGAUCUCGUCAACCUCCCCACACGUAUCCUAUCCAACAAUGCCGCCCUCGAAGAAUACACACAAGAAACGGUCUCGGGACAGAUAGUGCGAGAAGUAAGAUCCAAUGCCGGCAAAGUGGAAAAGUACGACUUGGUCACGUUCGUCGUGGAUGACAAGGAGAACCCCAAGAACUGGAGCAAGGCGUUCAAGUGGUGGUGCACGAUGUGUGUCGCUUUGACGUGUUUCGUCGUGGCGUUCAAUUCGGCGGUCAUCACGGCCGACCUCGAAGGCGUGAGUGCUGAGUUUGGAGUCAGCGAGGAAGUGGCUCUUCUCACCAUUUCGCUUUUCGUUGUGGGAUUCGGUGUUGGUCCUAUGGCUUUUGCACCUGCGUCCGAGAUCUGGGGCAGGAGGCCUGUAUACACUGUUACACUCGCAGUUGCCGUCAUCUUUACGAUUCCUGGUGCCGUCGCAAAGAACAUUGGUACUUUGUUGGUCACUCGGUUCAUUGCCGGUGUGGCUUUCUCGGCACCCAUGACACUUGUGGGUGGCACAUUGGCAGAUAUGUGGAGGUCAGAAGAGAGAGGUGUACCCAUGGCUGUGUUUUCAGCAGCUCCUUUCUGUGGACCAGGGGUUGGUCCCCUAGUUGGUGGCUACCUCGGUGCAGCCGGUGGCUGGCGCUGGCUCUACUGGAUUCAGCUCAUCCUCAGCGGUAUCAUAUGGAUCUUGAUCUCAUUCACGGUUCCGGAGACGUAUGCGCCCAAGAUUCUCGCGAAUAGGGCAAAGAAGAUGCGCAAGGAAACUGGCGACGACAAGUACGUUACAGAACAAGACCUUGAUAUGCGACCUUUCAGUCAGCGCCUCCAGCUGUUCCUCCUUCGACCAUUCCAGUUGCUCUUCCGCGAACUCAUCGUCUUCUUGAUCUCCUUGUACAUGUCCGUACUGUACGGUCUUUUGUACAUGUUCUUCGUCGCCUACCCUAUUGUCUAUCAGAAAGGCAAAGGGUGGGGUGCAGGACCAACUGGCCUGAUGUUCACUCCACUCAUCUGUGGUGUUUUCCUCUCCGCUGCAUGCGCGCCCCUCGUCAACAAGCAUUACCUCAAGCUCUCGGAAAAGUACAAUGGUCGCCCUCCGGCGGAAGUGCGUUUGAUUCCCAUGAUGUGCUCAUGCUGGUUUAUUCCAAUUGGCGUCUUCAUAUUCGCUUGGACUAGCUACAAAGACCUUCACUGGGCCGGCCCUGCAUUUGGAGGUGGAGCGGUCGGUUUUGGCUUCAUCUUCCUUUACAAUGCGGCAAACAACUAUUUAGUCGAUUCGUACCAGCAUCAGGCAGCUUCUGCGCUGGCCGCCAAAACAUUCCUGCGUAGCUUUUGGGGCGCCGCGGUCGUUCUAUUCACAAAUCAGAUGUACGACCGCCUUGGAGACCAAUGGGCAAGUUCAUUGAUCGCUUUCAUCGGUCUUGCUUGCUGUGCAAUCCCCUUUGUGUUUUACUUUUACGGCGCAAGGAUCCGGGCUCACUCGCACUACGCAUAUAGUGAGGAGGCCGAGCACAAGGAUGAGAAGCAGGUUGUGUAAGUGGCGAUCAAGAAAGGUGGUGCGGGUACGUCACGUGACGACAUGAUGCAUUGUCUGGCGUGAGUAGUGUUUGGCUGUGGGAAAUACCUUUCUGUGUUGCAUUGCAUGGCGUUUGGAAGGAUUUGUAUCGGAUACCAUCCUCUUUAUAUGUAUUUAGCAUUCAACAAUCAUCCAUACUCAAUCGUUAUCUUCGUUCCUGUCUUCGCG